GAGAGUCUGUGGGGUAGCGAAUGGAUAUCCGAAUUCAUGUUCAUCCCCAUAAACAUGCCGAGCUUCAUUCCUGAGUUUACUUUUGGCUUCAUUGACGUUAUUUCUUUGACAAUACAUCUGCGAUUUGAAGACUGGAUUGAAUAGACAUAGGCGAGAAUACGAAGAUAAUAUUCGACACUUCUUUCUUUCUCUUCGUUAAGGAAAUUGGUGGACUUAGAAAAUCAAGUUACCGAGGUUCGUUUUUGUUCUGACAAGAUGGAGGAGGGAAGAAUUGCUGUCAUAAAGACAGCACUUGAGAGCUUUAUCCUCGAUCCUAAAAAUGCCGAAUUUCUCGCUAUCCUCAAAGCUGCUCGCAGCGGCGCUGUCUACGGUGCCAAAGUCAGAUUUCCUCAUGCAUUGGUCAUGAUGUUCCUAUUCAGAUCUGGUACUGUCCGUGAAAAGAUAGGACUGAUACUCCGCGCAACACGAACGCAUGCGCAAAAUCUCGCGAAAUAUGCUACGAUAUAUAAGACGACGAUGUUAGCACUGAAAUACUCAGGGGGCAGUAAGGGGAAGGAGGGAAAUUGGGAUACAUUCUUAGCAGGAUUAUUAGGUGGAUAUGUGGUAUUUGGAAGAAGGUCAAAGAAGGGGCAUGUUAGCAGUGUUAGCAAACAGAUUGUGAUAUUCGUAUUCGCACGAGUAUGCUUGUCAUUAGCACAACUAGCCGUUCUCCCUUCAGCAGGAAUCAUCAGAAACAAAGAGCUUUCGGAUCGCAUAUCGAACGACGCAUGGCCAGUAUUUGCAGCACUAAGCUGGGGAAGUGUUAUGUGGUUAUUCAGGUGGUAUCCGGACUCGGUGCAGAGUGGGUUAAGGAGUAGUAUGGAUUAUAUCUAUGUGCAGAGCGAUCAUUGGGACAGUUUGAGGAACUUCAUCAUACAUAGCAAAUGAAAGGUUUCGGGAAGGCCAAUAGGCAAAUAUUUACAAACGAGGAAUAUACCGUUUUAGUAUGAAGAUUGAGGCAGUCUAGAGAAGCAUAUAUGUUAAUGGGUACGGGAGCAAGCGAGCAGGUUAUAGAUCGGAGAUUGUAUGUUUGCAUAUACCAUUAGUAUUCAAGGGGCAAACAACUGGUGUAGAACUAGAUUAUUUCGCGGGUUAUGGACCUGAUUUAUUAUAUUAAUCAUAUAUUGGAUGUUUCAUUUUAGAUAUACGACACCGAAUUUCGGAUUGGAUUCAGCUCUAAUGACAUGUCUUCAGCUUA